CAACCAAUGAACCGUGAUCCUCCCUCAUCAGGUAUAAAGGUGAGAUUAUUCCCGGCUUACUGACAGACAAGCUGCCUCAGACACCGGUUCUAUCCUCCGUCCUUCGUCACAUCCCUCCACUCGUCACCAUGAGGUCUCUAUUCUGCCUGGGGGUCAUGACGGUCCUCUGUCUCCUGUGUUUGGAAGGGGGCGUGGUUUUUGGAGGCCCAGUUAUCAGUGAAUUUUUUGCUGGAGCGAAUGAUACAAGUACAAGUUCUGCCAACACAGCCGUAACGAGUAACACUGCAGGAAUCACGACAACCGCCGCAAAAACGACAGCAGGCAACAUGACAACUGUCCCUGUGACAACUGGUAACAUGACCAACAACAUGACCACAGCCUCCAUGACAACAAAUAACGCUACCAACAAUAUGACAACGGCGCCCAUGACAACAAGUAACGUGACCAACAAUAUGACAACAGUAUCUAUGUCAACAACAUCCGGGAACUCAAGUAUGCCUCUGACGUCAGAAGGACCCAUGUCGUCACCAACAAAUCCUCAGACUUCUACAACAAAAACAACCACAACGACAACUGCUCCUAAAUCUUCUAAAUUUAGCGGAGCCUCGUUUGGGGGAGGAAUAGCCCUCGGUGUUGUGCUUGCCGCUAUUCUUUCUUUUGGAAUUUAUAAAUAUAAAAGUCGGAACGGAGGGUAUUCUCAAUACUGAAUAAUGUGAAAUCUCAAUAUUUCAACAAAUCCAAACAAUUUCAAAUCAUUUUAAGGAGACGAGGGAAAAUCCCUAAAAAUAUUCAAACUAUGAAAGGUUGAAAUGCAGUAGAGAUUAUGAUUUAUACGCAGGUCUAUGCAUUUUGAGAAACAUUGUGAAAUACUUAACUGCAUUUCAACAUGUAUGCACGUGUCACAUGUAUAUGUUUAAAUAAGUUUUUGUAUGUAAAAAAUUAUCUAAUUAUGUGAUUGCGUGUUAAACUGUA